ACCACCGAUGGCGCCACUCCUCUUCGUCCCGAACAAAACCUUGGCACCACCGAUCCUCCACGCUCGCCACCGCUUCGCGCCCAGACCCCCAUCCGCCGCGGCCUUCCUCCGCAGAUUUUUUCCCACCAGGCCACCGGCGGCGAAGGCUGACCUCCUCCGCCUCAUCGCCGACCAGGGCCGCGGCCUCGAGACGCAGUCCGCCCCUUCCCGCCUCGCUGACAUCAUCUCCUGCAUCGACGCGCUCGCCGCCGUAUCCCCCGGCGCAGACACCGUAUCCGACGCCGCCAAGCUCUCCGGAACCUGGCGCCUCCUCUGGACCACCGAGCAGGAGCAGCUAUUCAUUGUGCGCAACGCCCCAUUCUUCCGCACUGCCGCCGGCGACGUGCUCCAGGUCAUCGAUGUCGCCAGCGGCGCCCUUAACAACGUCAUCACGUUUCCUCCCUCAGGCGCGUUCGUCGUCAAUGGCGACAUCGAGGUCCAGCCGCCCCAGCGAGUCAAUUUCAGGUUCACACGCGCUGCUCUGAGAGGGAACAACUGGGAGGUUCCUUUUCCGCCGUUUGGAAAAGGAUGGUUUGACACUGUCUAUUUGGAUGACGACAUACGGGUUGCUAAGGACAUAAGACGAGACUAUUUAGUGGUUGAGCGUGCUCCAUAUUCUUGGGAUGUGUAGUUUCUGAAGUCCAAAACUGGUCAAAAGAACGUUUAGAGAACUUUAUGCUUUCCCAACCAAGUAUACAUGCUAUUCCGUUUCCUAUCAUGUA